CUCUUAAAACAUAAUAUUUAAAUUUAAAAAAAUAAUAUCAGUAUGAUCUGGUAUUGCUUGUGAUUUCUCGCUGUAUUGAUGUAUGCUGCUGAGUCCAGUUGGAGAAAGAAAAUAUUCGGGGCGAGUGUGAUAAAAAAUAGGACAAGAAAAAUAAUUUUGUGCUUUAAAUUUUAGAUUUUGUGCGCGAUUUAAUUUAUGCGAGAAUUAUAACUAAUAGUAAAUUCAAGUAAAUUGUACAAAGUGUCCGAUAAUGUAUGUUUUCACAGUGUUUGUGUUAAAUUUCAUUCAAGGUGCGGUUUCAGCUAGCUCAAGUUUGAUACCCGGCGGCCAUUGCCGUGAUUAUAAUGGAAAACUUUAUGAAACAGGCAUGCACUACAUGCCCGGGCCAGAUUCGUGCCGCCUCUGCAUAUGUGACAGUGGACUUCCGAAGGCCUGUAAGAUGGUCUUAUGUGAGGCAUUUAGUAAAUGCAAAUCAUUUCAAGUGGGCAGUGGCAAUAACUGUUGUGAGGUGAUCUGCCUUGAUGAUCAGUUUACGGAUGGCAGUACUGAUUUUGGUAUUUGACUCGUGGUCAGUGGCGUCAUAGCCACACUCACGUUAUCGUUGGGUUUCUUCGCGUUUAAUCGUCUAAGACAAAGGAAGCUACGAGCACGUGAAAGUCGACAAAAUGCCGAAGAUCAGCGCAGUAUUGUCGGUAGUAUUGGCUACAUAGCUGGUAAUAUGGGUUACAUGGAAGGCAAUAUGAGUGGCAUGGAUUAUUCAUAUGCGAGUGGUGCUUCACAUUAUCCACUUUGGAAACCAGCUAGUGGUUACUUUCCACGUGGCGAGGCGCCACCACCCUACGAGGAAGCUGUAGCGAUUUCACAAGCAGAAGCUUUAAGUGCACAAUGUACAGUUAGUGUCGCAACGACAGCACAUCGGGCUAUGGGCUUAAACGCCACAGUCACACCCGUUGAAUUGACCGCCGAAAUGCGUCGCAACAUGCAGCAGCAGCAGCAACAACAACAACAACAUCAACAGCAGCAGCAACAGACAUUGGUGCAGCAGCAUGCAAUACAUUUGCAUCAACCGUCAAUGCAGCACAAUAUCGGUGGUGUAAGCGCCAAUAGUGGCUUAGGCGGUAUGUCCAAUAGCUCACAGGCAAUGCAACACCACGUUGGUCCAAUGUCAUCUACAGCACAACAACAACAUCAUCAGCAAUCACAUAACCAAAUAACACAAAGCACAACCAAUUUAAUUAAUAUAAAUAUUAAUAGUGGGGGAAAUGUUACCACAAUUGCAACCGGCGAAAAUCAUCAACCGCCAUAUAGCUUACAACACGAUAGUAGUAAUAACGUUCUACAGGAACCUCAACAUCACCAACAUAUAACACAGUCAUUACAACAACAACAACCGCAACUGAUCAAUACCACACAUAUAGCCAAUAGUAGCGGAGGGCGUCUUCACUUGACUGCCGGCACACCUAGUAAUUCAAUUUGUGUACAGACACUAUCGGGUGGAGGUAGUAGUGGCAAUCUGUCAUCAACUCAAUCUUCGCAAAUAGUAGGCCCGAACAAGUCUCUUCACCUUCAACAGCAACAACAACACCAUCAACUCACUGCAAAUGUCGCCUGUCAGGCUUUACAACAGGCAAUAUCAUCGUCUGUGGGCUCUUCAUCUACUAACAACGAGUGCAGCUAUAAAAAUUGCCACCUUAAUAUAAGCGCUACUAGCACAUCGGCAUCGGCUAUGACAGGUACACAGCAACGCCGCACACAGCAACGCACAACACUGCCAAGUUCAGCCACCCACGUAGCACACGAUAUGCUACAACAAUUUGUGACCGUUGCUGAUGUGGAAAUCAACGGUACCGCUGUUGGCUAUCACUCUUUACCGAGUGGCAAUGGCGUCAGUUGUGUUGGUGAUGGUGAGAAUGAUUUACUCAGCGCUACUCCCACAUCAGCACAAUAUGCUGGGCCACAUAUGUCAAGUGCCAUUUCUAAUCCCACCAUAGAUGUGUUACCAUUAAUGAGCGGAGAAAUCGCCACUAUAUCGAGCAACACCAGUGAUUCAAUCACACAAACGGCUCUAAGCGCCGUUGCAGGCUCCCAUACACUGCCUACAAAUGCACACACUCAAACGUUAAAGAGCGGUAGCAGCAGCACCAAUAGUAUCAGUAGCCAAAGCAGUAAAACCCCCUCCUCCUCACGACGUUAUCAUCGCACUAUACCACGAUACUUUGCACUUACCGAUCCCUUGAGUGCCAAAGAGGCGUAUGGCGUUAGUAAGAGUAAAUCAGAUAAUAGCACACGAGUCGGUGUAAAUAGCUCUUCGAGCACAAACACAUCUAACAGCAAAAAACCCACCUGUCAAUGUCCGGUGCAACAUGUGCCGAUGUCAUAUAUGGCAGCAACUCAAUUAACUAAUGCUGCACAAUGUGCCAAUAAUAGCGCGCUACUCUCGGCCCUAAGUACUAAGUUGAAUGCUGCUUGCCAGUCAUCGGCUGCAUCGCAAACUUCUUCAGCGUCAUCAACAUUAGUAACGUCGCAUGGAGGUAGCGGCUCGGGCCGUUCCAACACCAUUACUUCGUUGGGCUACACGCAACGUGCCAAAUCCUCUAAUAGUCUGCAGCAAUCUUCUGCAAAUGAUAUGAACAAUUGCUUUACUGGGGGUGGCACCUUAAAACGAACUACACACAACAUCAGCACCAGCACAAAUAACAAUAAUACUAAUGGUAAUGCUGCAGCGCUGUGUAGUUAUGAUACGAAAAUUGCCACUAUAUCUAAGCAAGUCGGUGAUAGUACACCCGUAGACAUGGGGAGCAGUACCAUAAGUAGUCAUCAUCAUGCAGCUCAUCAUACUGCGCAUGCACACCAUUCUCAUCAUGCUCACAGUGUUGUUGUUUUGCCAACACAGAGCCAUGACGAGAGUAUGCCAAUUGUUUUGGGGCGUGUUCAAAAACGAUCAAGUGGUGAGCGUGAACGAGAGCGGGAGCGCGAAAGAGAACGUGAACGUGAACGCGAACGUGCCCGUAGUGCGAGUAGUGGCCGAGCUAGCAGCAGUAGCAGUGCACACCACAUGGAAAGUAGCGCGGCUGCAAAUUACCUGAAUGGAAAGAGCGAUGCAUACUUGAACUUUCCCCAUCCACAAAAUUUCACCACCCUCAGUUCACAACAUCAGCAGCAGCACAACCACCACCAACAACAACAAACCAACGAUUCAAAUCCAAUAUUACCACCGAAACUACACAAAUCUCUAACGAAUUUAAAAUCUACAACAAACAACAAUCAUAGUAUUACGAAUGCAACAACACCGACUACAUGUGCUGCCGCUGCUGUUGUUGUACCUACCCUCACCCCCACCACUACAACCACGAUAUCAUCAAGUUGUACUGCAGUGCAAACGGUAUACACCCUGAGCAAAGCAACUACAACAACAGCGACACAUUCCACUCGUAAGGAGCACCAUAAUAUCCAUGAUUCAACAUAUGGCAGCAGCAGUAAUAGUAGUAGUAAUAAAAACUCGCCUCCAUCCCUCACUUUGCCAUUAUCACCGGCGAUAACUAAUAACGUUGGCGAUACGUUCAGUAGUAGCGGCAAUGUUGGCUCUAACAACACCCAUUCUACCGAGAAACCAAACAAAAUAAACUCUAGUACAUUUUAUCCACUCCAAAACAGCCAUGUUACAUAUACACUGCCGAAACACAUCAGUGGCAAAGUGUCAUUGAAUAGCACAAUUGCUAGUGUGGUCAGCAAGGUGCCCUCUGUGAUUAGUAUACCCGUGGGUGGUGGGGAAGUCGAUAUAUUAGAAAACAACAAUGGCGGUUACGCAAAUAACGCACCGAAUCUAAGUACUAUAAGUAGUAAAAAUGAGUCAUCGUCAAUGGUUUCGUCGAAGAGUGCUGGCUCAAAUGGACGUAGCACAACGUUGCCAAAAAUAUUGCGUGCCAAAAAACUGCAAGAUGUUAAUGCUGGCAGCAAUUGUAAUAGCAAUAAUACACUAAAAUCUUUUCAUGGCACAGCUUCGUCUGGAAUGACCACGUCGAUUGCAAAUGCGUCUACGUCAGUAUCACAAUGCAAAAUGCCCGCUUAUCCACAACAGUAUAAUAGUCACCAUGGCAAAACAACAACAACAACAACGGCUAAUGCAACAACACAAUUCAAUUCUAAUAUAUCUGGAAGCAGUUCCCUAUCUGCUGCUAAACACUUGCCCGUCUGCACCACCUCUAAGAAUUGUCACAAUCCAAAGGAGCAUUUUUUGCCGAACGACACAAGUUUAGAUGAUGAUUAUUUAAGUGAGUGUGAGAAUUGUAAAAUAGCACAAAGCGCCAAAUAUUAUUUGAAUGAUGAAGAAGUUGAGGCAACACCACAAGAGACAAUGACAUUGCAACGCAAAUCGAUGGAGGACAAUAAGGACGAACAAGAACAGGCUUAUUAUCGAAUUUCACACACACUACCAACAAAUCCAAAGAAGAAUGCUCCAAUUAAAAAUAACAAUCGUGAACCAUGGUUUUCUACAAUUCCUGCUAGCUCAUCGUCCGAAGAGGAUGUCAACGAAUGAGAUUUAACUCAUUUUCUUUAAAUAGAAAAGAAAAAAAAAAGAUUUGUUUGCACGCACCAAAAUAGCAAAUAAUCACGUAUACGCACACUCAACUACAAGCGCACUAAUUACUCAGCAACGGUGUUAAGAAAACAGGUAUUUGAUGAAUUCUAUACAGCAAAAUUAUCUACAUACAUAAAUGGAUAUGAAAACAAUAGUACGAGUAUUAAAUAUUAGUGCUACACAGUAAAGGGUAAGUCUUAAUGAAAAUUUAUGCCAUAUAGACAGUUAUAUGUUAAAAAGGAAAGUGUGAAAACAGAACAAAAAGGCAAUACUUACACAAAUUUAAAGGAAUUAAGUUGCAAACAAUCGAUUGUAAGUAAUAGAGAGCUAAUUGUGUUGGCAUUUUAAAGCAAAAUAUAAAUUGCGUAAUGCAAUAAACACAUUUUCGUUCUUUUGUUCAGAGCUCGAUUCAGCAGUGCUUUGCGAGUAAUAAAAAAGUAUUAUUUUCCACAAAGAAGAAAAAUAAAAACAAAAUAAAAAAUAAACAAAAUAAUUCAUUCCAGGUAUGCAUAGAAAGUUUAAAAAGCAAACAGGCUCCCUCACAUUAUAGUAUGAGCAAAAAUAGUAUUAAAU